UCAGACAAGAAUUUUCCGCCUCGAAGAUUAACGACCUGCGCCUACAUCUCUCCCUCACUGCAGUCUACAUUUCACCAAGUCAGAGUUUGACAACCGCUUGCACUUCGCAGCGGCCUCCGACAAAAUGCCCGUUGUCAAAGGAGGUGUUUGGACGAAUAUCGAGGAUGAAAUCCUCAAAGCAGCUAUAUCGAAGUAUGGGUUGAACCAGUGGGCUCGAGUAUCGUCGUUGUUGGCGCGAAAAACCCCGAAACAAUGCAAGGCAAGAUGGACCGAAUGGCUGGAUCCUGGCAUCCGCAAGAUCGAAUGGUCGAAGGAGGAAGACGAGAAACUCCUGCAUCUGGCAAAGCUGAUGCCCACACAAUGGCGGACGAUAGCACCUAUUGUCGGUCGCACAGCCACUCAGUGCCUCGAACGAUAUCAGAGACUUCUCGAUGAAGCAGAAGCACGCGAGAACGAUGAGUUGGGUCUCGGAGGACCAGAAGGUGGAGAGUCCGCAGCACCAACUGGAGACCAGGUUCGGAAGCUGCGUCCCGGAGAACUCGACCCUGAUCCAGAAUCCAAGCCCGCAAGGCCUGAUACAAUAGACCUGGAUGAGGAUGAAAAGGAAAUGCUCAGCGAGGCACGUGCGCGUCUAGCAAACACACAAGGCAAGAAAGCCAAACGAAAAGCUAGAGAAAGACAGCUAGAAGAGUCAAGAAGGUUAGCUGUGCUUCAAAAGCGACGUGAGCUCAAAAAUGCCGGCAUCAAUAUCAAGAUCACGAACCGGAAGAAGGGCGAGAUGGACUACAACGCAGAUAUUCCCUUCGAAAAGCUAGCUACAGCGGGUUUCCACGACACGCAGGAGGAAGAGGCAAAGAAUGAGCGGGAGCGGGAGAUGUUCGAUCCACGGAAGCAACAGCUGGCGAGGAAGAGACAAGGCGACCCCGAAGACAACGAGGGCUCCAAACGCCAGAAGCAAGGCAAGGACAACUCAUCCUCGGCAGCAUUAGCUGCAGCGGCCAAAGCUGGCCAGAUGCAACGCAUCCGCGAGGCAGAACAACGAAGUAAGCGGCGGGCUUUGAACCUUCCAGCUCCUCAAGUCAGCGAAGGCGAGCUAGAAGAGAUUGUCAAGAUGGGCAUGGCUGGCGAUAGAGCGAUCAAAGCAGCUGGCGAAGACGAUGAGGACGGACCUGGUCUAGUAUCGAACUAUACAAACAUGGUUGGAGCGACCCCUAUACGAACUCCACGCGCGCCAGCCCAAGAAGACCAUAUAGCCAACGAGAUUCGAAAUAUAAGAGCUUUGACCGAAACUCAGUCGUCAUUGCUCGGUGGUGAAAACACACCUCUACACGAAGGCACCAGCUCAACAGGAUUCGAUGGCAUUGCUCCGCGAAGGCAGGAAAUGGUUACGCCGAAUCCUAUGGUCACACCGUUCCGCCAUGGCGGACCAGCUGGACAACUACCCGGAGCGACUCCAAUGCUCACGCCACGGGACAACUUCACAAUCAAUGAGCAGGGACAGCGGCAACUGGUGGCACAGACACCUCGCGACCUCCGUCUAGCUGAAACUGCAACGAAAUCAUCCCUGAGAGCUAAGCUGGCCUCGCUUCCCAGACCAAAAGAGACAGACUGGGAGCUGGAAGUCCUACCAUCGGAGCAAGAAGAGUCACUUAACGCGGCGAAAGCGGAUAAGGAAGACCAAGAAGAAAUUGACAGACGUCAACGCGAGGCACAAGAAGCCGCUGCCGCUGCAGAAUUUCGACGGCAGACUCAGGUCUACCAACGCUCUCUACCCCGGCCCGUUACGGUCGAUUACAACUCUCUUGCUUCCGAAGCAACGUCAAUUACUGAUCCAAUCCAACAAAUGAUUGCCCAGGAAGCCGCCCUCCUUAUGGCGCACGACGCGCAGAAAUUUCCUCUGCCGGGAUCAAAGGUGCUUGGCAAACCUCCUCGACUAACGUCGCUAUCCGAUGAUCUGUUGUCAAAGGCGAGAGAAGAAGUAGAAGCCGCAUGCAACGACGCAGAUCUGCAAAUCUAUGUUGAUGCUGUGCAAGAACUACAUGCUACCGAGCCGGAACCAGGUGCCCUGUUCGAGAACGCCACCAUUGAAGAAUACAAAACUGCCUUCCAAAAGGCGCAGACAAAGCUCCUGAAUGCUGCCGAGGCAGGCAACAAGCUGGAAAAGAAGCUGUCGCUGCACUUGGGCGGUUAUCAAGCACGGCAGAAGACGCUGGUCCAGAAGAUUGGCACUGUAUACAAGCAGAUCGAGGAGCAGCGUGCCCAGUUGGAGGGGUUCAAGUCAUUGCAAAUUGCUGAAGAGGGUGCGCUGGCGAAACGACUUGAGAGUCUUAGGGAUGAGGUAAAUCUCGUGAGCCGAAGGGAGAGAGAGGCGCAGGAGGACUAUCGUGCUACAAGGGACGAACUGCGUGAGUUGGACGAGAAGCAGAAGAGCAUCCCUCAGGUCAACGGGGUCAAUGGGCAUGCUUAGCUCGGAGUUGCCUGUCGACAAACAUGUAAUGGGCUACUGUAUCAAUCGACCAAGCGUCAUUGAUGACAUUGUUAUAAGAACCCCUUUCAUUCUCGGUUCUUGGUCCCUAUUAUAGUUCCAUCCAACUUGCGAUCUGCGGGUGCCAAAUAGUGCCUCACUGUCUCAUGCCGCAAAACCCCUUUACUUUCAUUGCUCGGUUCGGGACAUGCAACACGUUGCAAGAUCUACCACUCCAUCUGUCCGAGGAUGCCAGGCCAACGAUACCUUGAUCGAAGCCAUUAGGUUUUCAGCGAGGACAUCUGUACUCCUCGCUCAACAUCCGACCACAAAGAGGGGCUUCCUGCACUCCGCACGGAAAGUACCGAAUCAUGAGAUGUCAAGAUCUACACAGGUGGUCUGACCAUCACGAGGUCGCUAGGAUCCAACGGCGACCCAGAGCAGUUUUUCCCAUCACCGGACGC